UCAGUCUGAUCGUGCGGACUUCAUGUCUAAUGGCUCGAAUUGUGAGAUAUCUGAUAGCGUAACAGUGGCAACUCUAAUCAAGGAAAGGGAUGACAUGCACAAAGUCGUUUUGAAUCUCAGGACGGCAGUGUCAGAAAUAGGCAAAUACUUGUUGAACUGUGAGGAUGAACUGAACAAAACUCUCAUUCAAAGCAUGAUCAGCAAUUUCACGGAUGGUGAUGUGGUUGCUGCUGAUCAUGAGAACAGUUUGGAUUGUGAUAGUUCAUUGGCUGGGGACAAAUCGAAUCAUGUGCACUUUGCGCCCGACGUCUCGACCAUAGUUGAAGGCGACUUCCUGUUGGACUGCAUCGACAAGCGGCACGACAUCUCGAUCGAGAUCCGCAACGAGUUGGAGGCGUGCAUGAAGCGGCUGAAGAGUGAGGCGGCUGCCGUGCUGCAGCUGACUGCGGCUGCGAAACCGCCCAGCGCCGCCACGGAGACGACGCCGCUUCGGUCGGUCGAGAGUCGGCGACUGGCGUCGGUCACGCGGCAACUGGUCGACAAGAACAAGCAGAUCAAGGAGCUCGAGGCGCAGCUCAAACUGGCUCACCAAACUAUCGCCAAAUAUGAACAGGACCUUGCUGAAAUAAGAGCGGAUUUGGAAGUGGAAAAGGCUCAACGAGAAAAGGAUAAAGCAAAUUCCAGUCUUGAAUCAGUGUACGCCGAUAAAGAUCUCGCAGAACAGGCUGGCAUCGAUUCCCAUUUCCAAAAUUUGUCACAGCUUCAAGAAAAAGCUCGAACCAUGGUGAAUGAGAGUAGUGAAUGCGUAUUGCCGCAGCACACCAUGGCUAUUGUUGAAGAAAUGUGCCACCAUGUGGACCAUAUACUGGAGGAAGCCCGCAAAGAAAAAGAAGACCUACAAUCACAGAUUGAUUCCGCUGAUAAGCAACUCAGAAAUACGAGAAAGUUCCUCGAUGAUCAAGCCAACGAACGUGAGCUGGAAAGGGACGAAUUUACACGUGCUAUUACUAAGCUCAAACAACAGCUGCAAGACAAGGAACGCGACUGGAUGUCAAAAGAGCGGUUCGCUUCUGAAAGAUCAGCAUUUCAAAAUGGGUCUCUGUUAUCAGAAAAGGUUGAAGCAUUGGAGCAGAAAGUUCAGGAAACUACAAAUUUACUGAAAGAGACUGAGGAAAAGAAAGAUGCCAUUGACCGAGAGUUGAAAGAAGCUGAUCAGAAGGUGCUCGUCCUGAAAGAAGUAAUUAGAGAUUUGGAAUGCCAAGAUCGUACGAAAACUCAAAGGCAAAUGACUCUUGAACAAAGGUUGGAUGAGUUGGAAAGGGAACUCGAGUCUCAGAAAAUUGAUCAGAAUGCCAUGGUUCUUGAACUGGAGGCUAUGCAGAAUGGGUCACCACGUGAUAUCAAUUUGAAACAACUGGAAGAACACUUCAAGAAGCAGUUCAAUCCCAACGUUGUUGAACAAAUGAAAUCCCAGCUUCGAGAGAUGGCUAGAUCCAUUCAGAGGCAAACCAAAUAUAUGGAAGGUCUUAACGUGCAUGUAUCCAGCGCAAGUUUGAGUUCACCAUCCGAGGAUAUAUCAAUACGGGAGCAAUUGGAUCUAUUUAAAUGUCAAACUCCUGAGGGAUGUCGUUCCCCUCUUCUCUCCCUUCCAACGGACGAAAUCUCUCUCCUUCAAGACCAGCUUACAAGACACACCAAAAUUGAAGAAAUCGCAAUGAAGCGAAUAAAGGAUCAAGAGAUGCAACUCAAUAGCCUGCAAUCAAGAUAUGAGGAUGUGCUAGCUGAGAAAGAAGUGCUACAAGUGAAGUGUGAUAAGCAGCUGUCGACUAUUGCCUCAACCAAAACCACUUUGGACGAGGUGCGAAGGCGGGCCGAGUGGCAGCAGAACAAGUGUGACGCCAUCAACUUGGACAAGAUUGCCGUUCUCGAAAAGGAAGUGCACACUUUGCAAAACUCCAUCAGAAGCAAAGAAAGAGAGGUAGCUACUCAUCAACAGCAAAUAAGUAACUUACAGAGGAUUGUCGCUGAUAAAGAAGUAGAACUAUGCAAUUAUGUUGACAGUCAAAACAAUCAAGUCGAGUUUCUUCAGCAGAAACUGAAGUUCAUGGAAAUCGAGAAAGAAAAGAUGAUUGUAAUGCUGAAUAAAAUGAGGGAAGGCCAUAAUAUUAGCUUACCAGCUUUGAUGGAAGAACUUUUGGCAGAGAAGAAUGCUGACAUCGAUUACCUUGAACAAAUGGUGAAAGAAUUACGUGAUGGCCAUGUAAAUACCUCUUUUGUGGAGAGUCAAAAUAGCUCUAAAAAGUCGAGUAAUUCCAACUCGAAAGGCUACAGAGUUAGCUUUGCAGAUGAUGUUGAAGUGUCUCACAUGAACGACGGUGAACGUACCAGAGAUGCCAAUUUCUCCAACGUUAUGCAUGACUUUUCUCCCCACUUCAGUAGUACGGUUAAAACAUUGGAAAAAUCGGAACAGCGGAUGAUUACUCCUUUAUUACAUCCAAUCGCUGAGGAUGAUUCUAGAGGCGGUGGUGAUUGCACACCAAGCUGGCAACGGAUGAGUCCACCAAGAAAUGACAUCAACCAGCAGGAGGAGAUGAAGAUCAGAAUGGAUGAAUUAGAGAAAGAAUUGAUCUGGAAGACUGAACUGAUCGAUAGCUAUGAAAAACGGCUGCAGGAAAUUCCUCAAUUAGAAGGCGAACUAAAACGGGCAAGAGAUGAUCUGGCGUCGACUAUUUCUGAAAUAUCAGAAGACAAGAAAUAUUAUCAGGAACGGCUUGAAUUGAUGACUACGUUACAAAAGCAGCUAAACGAGCGCGACUCCGAAGUGCAAGACUUGAAAAAUGUCAUAGCAGAACGGGAAGAGAAUCUUGUAAGAGUCAUGUCUGACGUGAAAUCUUUGCAGCUGAUUCUUGAAAAAUCGCAGAAGAAAAUUGAAGAUGCCAAGAAAGCUGCCGUGAGUGAUGAUACUAAGCGAUUGUCUGAAGAAGUUGAACGUUUGAAGGAUGAAAACAUCCAUCAUGUUCAGGAAAUAUUGGUUUUAAAGAAAGAAUUGAAUAAAAUCCCUGUAGCUGAAAUUAAUCUAUUGAAAGAGAACUUAAAUGAUGAAAAAAAUGCAUCAGAGAAACUAAGGAAUGAGGUCAGUAGUUUGUUGAACGAAAAAGAGGCUGUCAUAGCAGAACUUGAGGCAUCUAAACAGAGAUAUCAAUCGCUGAAAAAAGAAUUGGAAAAUGCUUCGAGUAAAUUGUUAAUGACUGAAAAAGAAAUUGACAAACUUCAUAAUGACUUGGAAUCAAGUACAGAGCUUAAUGAUGUAUUGAAGAAUAAAUUAUAUGAAGCAAAUCAUGAAAUUAAUUUAAUUUCUAGAAAAAUGUCUUCAGAAAUGAGUAAUAGAAUUCAAAAAGAUUCAAAUGAUCUCUUGCAAAUGAAGGAUGAAUUGGAGCGUCUGAGGAGUAUUAAUCGCAGUUUAGAGUCUGAUUGUGAAAGUUUGAAGAAAGAGUUGAACAAUAUGAUUGGAGAAGCCAAUGCUAUGGCUAGAAUAUCCGAAAACAAUUCGAAAGCGAAGGAGCUCGAAGUGGAAGUUGAUAAACUGAGAGAUGAAAGAGAGAUGCUGUUGCAGAGUAUUUGCACAAUGAAGGAGAAAUUUGACACCGAGAAAAGUCGUUGUGAAACGAUUAUCUCGGCUGCUGAAGCCUACAAAAAUUCAGAAACAUUGGCUCAAGAAAAAGUAUUGAAGGAGAAGGAAUUGCGAAUAAGUGCAGAAAAGAAGUCUCAAUUUCUGAAGAGAGAAUACGAAAAAUUGAAACGUGCCAAGAAAGAGCUUGAAAAGAAAAAUACAGUUUUGAAGGAUGAGCUGGAUAAGGAAAAGAAGCAUACGAUGGAGCUUGAAAAUAGUCCAAUGAGGGGGCGUAAAACUCUGGCUGACCUGCAAGUCACUCCUGUUGAUGCCAUUGAAAUUGUACCCUUCGAAAACAAAAUUACAGGAUCAAUAGAUGACUUGACUGACCAGCUGCAGAAUGAGCUUGAUAUGUCUGCUCGUCUCGACGACACGCUUCUUUCUACACUGGACAUGCAAGCAAACUCCCCCCAGCCUGUGUUGCCUUCACAAUCUCUAGUAGCCGUUCUACACAGAGUUAUCAAGCAUGGAUUCAAGAACUUGACUCGGGAAGAAAUGGAUCACUUGUACGAAGAGCUAACUCUCCACACUCAUAGACCUCCCAGAAUUGCCGACUUGAUGGAAAGAAUCAAUAAACUGCAGAAUGAAUUGAGGAAGCAGUUGAAAAACGUUGACAAUUUACACGAAGAGGUCGAUGUUGAAAGAUCGUCUCUAUCAAAAGAGAAGGAGAGAGUGGUCCAUUUGGAAACAGAAAUUGAUCGUCUGCAGAAAAUAAUCAGCUAUCAGGAAGAGCGCCUUGCUUCUCUCUCGUCAGUUGUUGAGCAAAAUAGAACUCAGAUGUCAGACCUCAAGUUGUCUCUUCUGAAAGAAAAAGGGAACUUUAAAAAAUUGCACGUUCUUUUCGAAGGAGAAAGGGAUAAAAUCAAGCAGAUUCAAAAAGAAGAUACAGAACUAAUUGAGGACUUGAGAAUAUGUCUGGAAAAGGAGAAAGAUUCGAAAGUUAGACUGCAACUUUGCUUGGAGCAGGAACGAGAACGUCUACAGACUCUUGAAGCGCAACUAAAUGCAGCUCAAGCUGCUGAACAAAUAGCUCCGAGGCCCCCUAACCAGAGUGAUCAUUUGAACAAGUGCUUGGAUGAGUGGAGAGGAAAAUUGACGGAGAUUGGAGUGGAACUAGAGAGGGAGAAGAGACACGUGGAUUCAUUGAGUGCGGCUCUCAACAAAGAAAAGGAAGAAAAUGACCAUCUGCGAACGGAGCUGUACAAGAAAAGUUCUGAGUGUAUAGAUCUACAGGCUGAGGUCGAACAACUGAAAUGCGAAAUUGGUAAAGAGCGUUCUUCGAAUCGAGAAAUGAAUGAAAAAUUGAAAACUAUUCAAGAAGCUGAAAUGAGGAGACAGAGAAACCGAGCCGCAGCUGAAGAAAAACACAAAAGAGCUUUGGAACGAGCAAAAAUUCAGAAAAGAGACCUGGAAGCUGAGGUGACUCGCUUGAAAACGCAGUUGGUGACUAUCAAGGGAGAGGAAGCUCUCCCGUCCUGGUCGGAUGAUGUUGAAUCUGAGCCAUUGUUGAAUCAAAUAAAGGAUGUCAAUCUCGAAUUAGAAAAGCUUGGCAGGGAGAAAAAACAGUUGACUUCAACUGUGAAAGCGCUUUUGGAAGAAAAUGAACAUUUAGAACUUUUAAUUAGUCAGUCAACUGGAAAACAAUUCCCGGAAAGUGAGCUCAGCUACUUCAUUAGUUUGUACAUCAGAAGCAAGGGUCACAGAAAAGCUCUUGUUUGGCAGAAAAGGUAUCUGAUGUUAUCACUGCAGGGCUAUCAGGAUGAAGGACAGCGGCUUGCCAUGAAAAUCUCGUCUUCACUCUGUGUCAACAGAAGUUGGAUACCUCAAGUCUCCGUCGCAUCAAGACCUAGUUUCAAGCAUGCAGCACUAGUAAUUAUUGCAAUAACGAGAAUGAAGAAAAUCAUGAAUUGUAGAAAAGUCAUACUAGGCAUCCACUAUAAGACUCAGAGCCCUAUGAAAGAGCACCUGAUUAGGCGAAAAUUGAAGCUUUCUUCUCCUACAAAUGACAAGAUAUUAACUGUGCAUUCACCAAUCAGGGAAAUCGACUUCCUAACAUCUCCGCAAAGAAAUCUAGAUGGAAAAAGUGAGGGGUUGUUGAAACCAACUCGUCUUGCCGAUUACUUGGAAACGUUCAACAAACUUCAAGCUCGACUCAGUCAAGCCCUCAGCCCUCCUGAUAAUAUCAGUUUAGGUUUGGAAUCAAAGAUCUUGUCCAAAGUUUCUAAUUGAACUUGACCACAAUAUUAUUGCAUUUUAAUAGAUAUGACUAGACUUAAUUUGUAUUUGUUUUUAAUAUUUCGUACUUUUAUAGUUUGACCAAGCAAGAUUGUUGUGUAGAGACCUGAAAAAUGCUAGGUAAGUAAUUAUGUUGAAAGCAAUACGAUAAUCGAAUUGAAAAUAUUGCGACAAUAAGCACAUACUUUGUAAUAAUAGUACAAUAAUCAUUCAUUCCUAAUCUAUAUAGUUUUGAUUGUGUAAUACACAUUUUAAAUUAUUACUAUUAAGUAUUGUUAUAAGUAGUUAUUAACUUGGAGAUCCAAGAUCUAAUACGUUUGCAUCACAAACAAUUUAUCUUUUUUAUGUAUUUUGCCUUGCUCUCCCCAUAUUCAUUCAAUUCGGAGAAAAAAAAUUAGUUAUAGUUUUCCCUUAGACUGUUUAGUGUUGAUAAUUGUAAAAUACUAUUGUGUGAUUUCAAUCGGUUGCCUAAACUAUCACUUGUUAUCAUAGCAAUACACUUAUAGUAGGCAACUGGUACGUAUUGCAUAAUGCUGAAGAUUUAGAAUACCACAGAGCAGCAUUGGACAUUACUGACACAUGUCAGUCACAGUUUAGAGAAUAUUUCAAAAAUAUUAUGAAUAAAAUAAUACAGUCCUACUGAAUAAAUAUUCCUUGUUAUCAACUUCUGAAGAGUCUGAAAGUUUAUUGUAAUGGUCUUAAUAGUGCCUUAGAAUUAGCAACUAGAAUGAAGUGCACUUAAUCAGUAAGUUCCUUUUAAAAUUGAAAUCUUUGAGAUUCUCGUUAAAAAAAGGCUAGGAUUCUCUUUUUAGACUAGGAAGUGUCACAUAGUUAUGAAUCUUUUCUUUUUAAUGGAAAUAAUGUAUUCUAAUAGAUAUUUCCAAUAUGAAAAUCCAAUAUUGUAUUAUUUAGGGAAAUUUUCUAGUCAUCUUAGUUUUAUUUCACUUGAUUUAGUUUUUGUUGGAAAUAAUAAUUGAAUAUAAUGUGAAAAUAGUUUUUCCCUGUAAAUUGUGUUAUUAUAAUGAGCCAAGUACGUCUGAUUAAGUAUGAGACGACCGGUAUUUCGGCUUACAAUGCUAAUGAAUCUUUUGUACAAUUUCAUAUUUUAAAAUUUUGAUUGCAAUAGACAAUAAAUUCCAAAGAACAUUUUUCAUAAUUUUUCAAGAAUAUUAGCACAUUUAAAUCAAUUUCACACACAUAUUUAGAUAAUUACAUAAGAUUGAUGAAAAAAUAGGUUUCCUCAAGCAUGUUGACAAGAACAUAAAUUGAUGGGUAAAGUUGUAUUUACAAAUGACAAGGCUGAUUGACGGGCUACCCUUUAAUUCCCGGACCUUCAAAUGCGAUGCCAGUCGUGAGAGAUCCUUCAAAUAUGAACUGUCAAUUUUCAUCACCGCCAAUCCAACUAUCAGGACAGGACCGGAUAUAGACAGAAUUGUGCUUCAGAUGUGAUCAAUGUUCCAACUUCGGCUGCUAAUUUCAAUGGAUAUCAAGAAGAGACUACCCAGUAGAGGCUUUUUGAAGGAGAUCAAUGAGCUCUGAAUGAGCUGUAGCGCCAAGGAGUAACGUGUAAGAAAUAGUUGGCAAACCUAAACAGUUACACGAAUGAGUUAUUGCUGGACAUGAAGGAAGCAGAUUUACUUGCAAUGGAGAUCAUUACUGUUCCAUUUCUACGUAAAAUCUAUGAUGAAUUUCAAAUGCAGUUUGAAAUGGUUUUUCUUCGUGGAACAAGUCCAUGGCAUUUCGGGCUCUCCCACAAUCAGAAAGACACCACUACAAAACUCAAGAAACUUCUGAAAAAAA